GCUGAGCCUCAGAGUCCCAGCGCCCCGCGAGGAUCGCAGAGCCCGCGGGCCGGGCGAACAAAGCGACGGCGGCGCCGGCAGUCCAGGCGCCGGACGCACGGAGCGAGCGACCCGCUGCGCCUUUGUCUCGGGCGGGGCAGGAGCGGUGGCCGGUGUGGGGCACCCCGAGCACAGAAUGCGGCGCCCAGAGGGGCGGAUCGAGGAGCGCUGCAGCAGCAGGAGGCGUGGAGCCCGGACCGGAGCCCAAGCGGACUUGUGUGUGUGAAGGGGGUACCCGGCGCGCUGCCCCGCGAACGCCUGGUGGCCGCACGUGGGCGGGAGCGACUGCCCGCUAGUAGCCCGAGGAGGAGGAGGAGGAAGAGGAGGGCCGCGCGGCCGCGCAGCGGGGACCCGGGGCGGCCUGCGCGAAGCCCCGCCCCGGCCGCCUAGCCCCGCGCGGGCGGGCGGGAUGCCCCGCGGUCACCGCACUUUAGCCAGAGCGCUGCCCUGAGAGAGCUGGUCCAGCGGCCGCGGCGGCGAGCGCACGGGCGCCGCAGGCGCCAUGGAGCAGUGGCGGCAAUGCGGCCGCUGGCUCAUCGACUGCAAGGUCCUGCCGCCCAACCACCGUGUCGUGUGGCCCUCGGCGGUGGUCUUCGACCUGGCGCAGGCGCUGCGCGACGGCGUCCUGCUGUGCCAGCUGCUGCACAACCUCUCCCCCGGCUCCAUCGAUCUGAAGGACAUCAAUUUCAGGCCGCAGAUGUCCCAGUUUCUGUGUUUGAAGAAUAUUCGCACCUUCCUCAAAGUCUGCCACGAUAAAUUUGGACUAAGGAACAGCGAGCUGUUUGACCCCUUUGACCUCUUUGAUGUCCGAGACUUCGGGAAGGUCAUCUCUGCAGUGUCCAGACUCUCUCUGCACAGCAUCGCGCAGAACAAAGGGAUCAGGCCUUUUCCCUCAGAGGAGACAGCGGAGAAUGAUGACGAUGUCUACCGAAGCCUGGAAGAGCUGGCCGACGAACAUGACCUGGGUGAGGACAUUUACGACUGUGUCCCGUGUGAAGAUGAAGGGGAUGACAUCUAUGAAGACAUCAUCAAGGUGGAGGUGCAGCAGCCCAUGAUCAGAUAUAUGCAGAAAAUGGGCAUGACCGAGGAUGAUAAGAGAAGCUGCUGCUUGCUGGAGAUCCAGGAGACCGAGGCCAAGUACUACCGCACCUUGGAGGACAUCGAGAAGAACUACAUGGGCCCCCUGCGGCUAGUGCUGAGCCCGGCGGACAUGGCUGCCAUCUUCAUCAACCUGGAGGACCUCAUCAAGGUGCACCACAGCUUUCUGCGGGCCAUUGACGUGUCCAUGAUGGCUGGCGGCAGUACCCUGGCCAAGGUCUUCCUGGAGUUCAAGGAAAGGCUCCUGAUCUACGGAGAGUACUGCAGCCACAUGGAGCAUGCUCAGAGCACGCUGAACCAGCUUCUUGCCAGCCGGGAGGACUUCAGGCUGAAAGUAGAGGAGUGCACGCUCAAGGUCCAGGACGGCAAGUUCAAGCUGCAAGAUCUGCUGGUGGUGCCCAUGCAACGGGUGCUCAAGUAUCACCUGCUGCUCAAGGAACUCCUGAGCCAUUCUGCUGACCGGCCAGAAAGACAGCAGCUGAAAGAAGCGUUGGAAGCCAUGCAGGACUUGGCCAUGUACAUCAACGAAGUGAAACGGGACAAAGAGACCUUGAAGAAGAUCAGUGAGUUCCAGUGUUCCAUAGAAAACCUGCAAGUGAAGCUGGAGGAAUUUGGGAGGCCGAAGAUUGAUGGGGAGCUGAAAGUCCGGUCCAUAGUCAACCACACUAAGCAAGACAGGUACCUGUUCCUGUUUGACAAGGUGGUCAUUGUGUGUAAGAGGAAGGGCUACAGCUACGAGCUGAAGGAGGUCAUCGAGCUACUCUUCCACAAGAUGACUGAUGACCCUAUGCACAACAAGGACAUCAAGAAGUCUCAUGGGAAGAUGUGGUCCUAUGGCUUCUACCUGAUUCACCUCCAAGGAAAGCAAGGCUUCCAGUUCUUCUGCAAGACGGAGGACAUGAAGCGGAAGUGGAUGGAGCAGUUCGAGAUGGCCAUGUCAAACAUCAAGCCGGACAAAGCCAAUGCCAAUCACCACAGCUUCCAGAUGUACACGUUUGACAAGACCACUAACUGCAAAGCCUGCAGGAUGUUCCUUAGGGGUACCUUCUACCAGGGUUACCUGUGCACCAGAUGUGGCGUCGGCGCACACAAGGAGUGCCUGGAGGUGAUGCCCCCCUGCAAAAUCAGUUCUUCUGCAGACUCGGAUGCUUCUGGAGCCGCCCCAGGUCCCAAGAUGGUUGCUGUGCAGAAUUACCAUGGUAACCCAGCCCCUCCGGGGAAGCCAGUGUUGACCUUCCAGACAGGGGACGUGAUAGAGCUGCUCCGGGGUGACCCCGAUUCUCCUUGGUGGGAGGGGCGACUGGUUCAAACCCGGAAGUCAGGGUAUUUUCCCAGCUCAUCCGUGAAGCCCUGCCCAGUGGAUGGAAGGCCACCUAUUGGCCGCCCGCCAUCCCGGGAGAUUGAUUACACUGCAUACCCUUGGUUUGCUGGCAACAUGGAACGGCAGCAGACGGACAACCUGCUCAAGUCUCAUCCCAGCGGGACCUACCUCAUCAGAGAGCGUCCAGCCGAGGCUGAGCGCUUCGCCAUCAGCAUCAAGUUCAAUGACGAGGUGAAGCACAUCAAGGUGGUGGAGAAGGACAACUGGAUCCACAUCACCGAAGCCAAGAAGUUUGAGAGCCUCCUGGAGCUGGUGGAGUAUUACCAGUGCCACUCACUCAAGGAAAGCUUCAAGCAGUUGGACACUACGCUCAAGUUCCCCUACAAGUCUCGGGAGCGUGCCACCACCAGGACCUCAAGCCGGUCCUCAGCUUCCUGCGCCUCCUACAACUUUUCUUUUCUCAGUCCUCAGGGCCUCAGCUUUGCCCCUCAGGGCCCCUCCGCUCCCUUCUGGUCAGUGUUCACGCCGCGGGUCAUUGGCACAGCUGUGGCCAGGUACAACUUCGCUGCACGGGACAUGCGGGAGCUGUCGUUGAGGGAAGGUGAUGUGGUAAAGAUCUACAGCCGAAUUGGCGGGGACCAGGGCUGGUGGAAAGGCGAGACAAACGGACGGAUCGGUUGGUUUCCUUCGACAUACGUGGAAGAGGAGGGCGUCCAGUGAGGGCAAGACCUGGCCAGGACUCACGGAUGUUCUUGGGAAUCUCCCCAGCUCUGAAGUCCACCUCUGGCUUCUCCAUGGCUCUGGGAACUGCCUGCUAAGUCUGCAGCUGUUACAGCCCACAGGAAUGGGGAAGGUGUUCCACCGUCACCUGCCCGGGGUGGCCCGUCCCUGGGUACAUUCCUUGUACAUAGAGGAAACCUAUGCUGGCCACACCCAGAGCACCAAGGAGAGGGGACUCGGGGCCUGGGCUGCUGUGGCCAGCUGGGUGUGGAUGACAGCCAAGGUCAGAAGACACUGCCUGCCCCUCUGGUUUAGGUGUUCAGGUGUGCCAGGGAGAGCUGGGGACAGCAGAGGGGGCCCUUCCCAGCCCUGUCUGCUCGGCCCUGCACUGAUCUGCCUGUCUUUGCUGCUGCUCUCUAGAGUGGGUGUCAGGUCUCAGGAGGCAGGCAGGACCAGACCAUGCUGUAGCACACACUAGGCCCAUCUGGGGUUCAGGGUCAGAGAGUUUGCACAGGGGCCACCGGGUCAUGCUGGCUCUGCAGCUUUCUCUGACUGCCUCCCUUCCCCACACGUCAGGGUCCUGCUGGGUGCUAACUGGGCAGGCUCCUCUUUCAGGAGGGGCCUUUGGAACGAUGACAUUGCUGACCCACCCCCAUCCCACCCCUAAUCAGUGGUACUGCUUUUUGCUCCGAAGCCUCUUUCCUGAGGUCUUCCCUGCCCUGCUGCCAGGGGACACAUCAGUGAACCCCAAAGGGCAGAGGAGAGAACCAGGUUCCCCUCCCCCACUGCCUCUUUUCUCUCCAGGAGGCACUCUUGCAUCUUCUGCAUUCCAAACCAUGGUCCCUAGGGGUCUGCUGGCCUUUGCACUAGCCCUCACCAGGUGUCCCCACAAAGAUCCCUGCAGCCCACAUACUGGGCUUGAGGCCAACCCAAAAUAAGUGCUCUUGGGGUGUCUCCACCCCUUUUCCCUCCUCUCUCCUGGUGCUUCGUAGCCAUUGACCCCCGUUUUCUCCCUCCAUCUUGCUGCACAGUCCCGGGCGAGGAGAACCAAGGCUAGGGUUUGAGACAAUGUCCCUGCUGGAGUGGGGCCGGGACCUGCACCUGGGACUAUUUUCCAGCGUUGGCCUCCUGUCCUCCAGCUUGGUGCCCACACACAGCUUGCUGGGAUGUGGAGGGAGGCACAUAGGAACUCAGAAGGUGGGGAGCAACAGAGAGUGAGACACCCUGGAAAGGCUUGGGCUGUGAGAAGCUGGUGUGGGAGCGGGGGGCUUGCAGGGAGUUGGGGGCACAGGCCACUUUGCCUGGCUCCUCGGCCCAGCCUGCCCGGUGCCAGUGCAUGCUGUGGGGAGGACUCUGCCAGCCCCUUCCAUAUGAAUGCCCUCAGAACACCCUUGUGCUUUGUUUUUUUCUCGUUUUUGUUUGUUUGUUGUUGUUUUUGUUCUAUUAUGUUUCGUUUUGCCUGUUUGUGUUUUAAAGGGGAGGGGAAAGUUGUAAUUAUUUCAUCGAAAUCUCCCAUUAUAUAUCUGUGAAUAAGAGAUUCUAUAAUAGCAAAAUGAUGUAUAUUUUAGUUUGUCAUGAUAUAAGUCAUGAUAAUGAAGGACACUGAGAAAAAGAGUAAUCUAGAGCCCUGGUUUUGUGAGUGUUUUGUGUUUGUUUUGACGUUUGUGUUUGGUUUAGUUUUUUUUUUGUUUUUGCGCCACACUGGGCAGGGUGAUGGGAAGGCUGGACAAGCUGGUACACAGUCGCCUCUGCAGGAGACUGGACACCAUUUGAGGGCUGGGGCCCUGAGAUCAGCUGUGAACAUUUGCAGUACAAUGCAUGCAAGUCAGGGAUGAGGGGGUCCCACAGCCAGCAGCACCCCCAAUGGAACAAUUGUACAUUUGCCAAUGGGUUUUCCUCCCCAGACUAAGGUUUUUACUACAAAUAAACCUACGUUCUAUUCUGCAGCCGUGGUUAAACUUUUGUGCCUGGGAGGGACUAGCUGGCGUCCUAAGUUCAGCAGGGUUUAUCCUACCCAAAGACUGACUGCCAGAUGGUCCCUUCUGCCUGGCUGGUACAGCAUCCAGCAAGGUCCAGCAGGUGGUCUUAGAGCAAGAGCCUCGGUCUUCAGCAAUAAAAACAGCACU